CAUUCUGGGGGUGGGAGUGAGGCCUGCCGCCGAUAGGCUCUCCGAGAAAGCUUGGGAAGACGUAGUUAGUUGGGGGCUUGCCAGCUGCCCAGCCCUCCGGCCUCCCCCCUGCAGCUUCAGCCCCACCUGCCGUGCCUGCGUCCUCAGGUGAGUCUGAGCGGCAGUUCUGGCCCGCCCACUGCCUGCUCCAGCCGGAAGCUUCCUCCGCUGGCUUGUACACAAUUCUUACAGGAUCUGUGCCCCAGGGCUGCCUGGCACCUGGGGAUCUCCUUGGAGCCAGGGCCCGUCUGGUCAAGGCUAAGGCUCACCGGUGUCUUCCAGCCACUCCAUGAGUGAGACCAACCAAACCCUUGUGGGGCCCUCGGAGCUCCCCACAGUAUCAGCCAUGUCCCCUGGACCAGGCAUCGCAGCCCGGACCUGGCCUGUGCUGCUGGGGGUUGUGCUCGGAGCUGUGGUCCUUUCUGUCCUCAUUGCACUUGCUGCCAAAUGCCACCUCUGCCACAAAUACCUCACCAGCUACCAGCACCGCCGGCUGCCAGAGACAAGAAAGGGCAUCUGCCCAGAGAUGGGUGAAGAUGAAGAUGAUGAUGGCUUCAUUGAGGACAAUUACAUUCAGCCUGGGACGGGUGGGCUGGGGAUGCAGGGUAGCAGGAACCACUUCUCCCUCUGAGCCCCUAUCUUUGGAAGCCCCCCACCCCCCACCCCUUGUGCCUGACAGUUUAAGGAUGGCAAGUACUAUGUGGGGGCUGUGGAACCUCAGGGACAGAGGUGGCUAGGGUUUAAGGGCUAACCAGGCAUUGAACAAUUCUUCUCCUUUGACACCGGCCACCAAAGUGAUAAUGAUCCUCUCUUGCUCCGUGACCCUCAAUGGCUCCCUGCUCUUCUCAGGAUAAAGCCGACCAGGAGCCUAACUAUGGAAAUAAGGCGUCUGCCAGCCUCUUGGCUUCCUUUCUUGCCUUUGUCUAUUAUCCUCCCUACUUAAGUAAUUCUUAUUACACACCAGAUGAUAACAGUUAGCAGAUGAAAAUCAGUGUGCCAAGUUUCCUACUGAAAAUUUUUCCCUGCCAAUAAAGUGGAUAAUCCAAGUGGCUAUAAUAUAUUCUCUUUUUCGCAGGUAUUACUAAAUCUGUUUUCAUGUGAAAUAAAAAUGAAAAGCUGCUCA